GUCAAUUGGUUAAAGGCAUAAUUACAGACUUUGGAGAGGAGAUGCAUUGCCAGUUUCUUGAAAUUAUUCGAAUAUUGAUUGACUCAUAUGGUGGUACCUCAGGUUCACAGAGAGAUGCAAUUGUAGACAUCUUCUACGAAAAGCAUUUGCCUCUGUUAUUGGAUGUCAUAGCAUCAUCUUGUCCUCCACAAAACAGUUCCUGUUCAAUCACCAACCGACCUGGAUCUAUUACGGCAACUAAGCCAGAAAUUUUAGCUAACAUUUGUGAGCUUCUAUGCUUCUGUGUGAUUCAUCAUCCUUGUAGAAUAAGGGGUGGUUUUCUUGUGAAUAAUGCCAUAGAGAAAGUCUUGUGUCUUACACGCAGAAGGGAGAAGUUUCUGGUUGUGUCUGCUGUUCGCUUCAUGCGUACUAUUGUUUCCUGUAAUGAUGAGCAUCUUCUUCGCCAUAUUGCAAGAAAUAAUAUUUUGAGACCAGUGAUUGAGGCAUUUAUCGAGAAUGGUGAUCGCUACAAUAUGCUACAUUCUGGUGUACUGGAACUUCUUGAGUAUAUCCGAAGGGAGAAUGUAAAGGUUCUUGUCUUGCACAUAGUUGAUUCUUUUUGGGAUAAGCUGAUGAAAUUUCGACACCUGGGGACUAUUCAAUCCCUAAAGAUCAAACAAGAGCAGCUGCUGGAGAAUCCGGAGACUAAGAAUGCUGCUACCAGCAUUGAACCUAGAAGUCAGACUGAGCAACGAGCUCUUGAAAAGGAGGAGGAAGAUUACUUCAAUGAGGACAGCGAUGAAGAGGACUCAGCUGCUGGUUUUUCUCAAUCAAGAAACCAGCAUGCACGAGCAAAGAUGCCAAAUGGAAUCAAGGAUCACUCAUCUUUCAGGCCUGGAUCUGUUGGACUUGUUGACUAUGAUGAUGAUGAUGAGGACUAUAAUCCACCACCAAAAAAAUCUGAUACUUCUACGGAGGAUGAUGUGACAUUUUCGAAGAUCAAGCGUAGGUCUGCCAACCUGCACGAGAACAAAGACAGGAAGUCCGAGCCAACAAAGAAACAGAAGCUGGAUAUACGAGUAAAUGAUGGUAAGGCUGCUGUUUCUUCUGCAAGUGCAUCCUGCAGUGAUAACAAUGCGCAGAGUGGUUCAAAUGAAGUGGACAAACUAGCUGUAAAAGUCUCUUCAAAAUCUGUAGUUAUUAAUCAUCUGGCUGAAGCUCCUGAAACUAGACAAUCUAGCGGAGAGGAUUCUCCAUCAAUACCACCCAAUAGUUCCUUGUCAAAGGGUGUUCCUAAUGGCUAGAAUAUCUAUUGUUACAGUCGUUGUUGAGUAGAUGAAGUCAUAGUUUUGACAUAAUUAUCUAGCAGAUGACAUUUUUCGCCACAGGAAGAGUCAAGAAAUUGCAACAUACCUCUACUUUCCAGACGGAUAAGCAGUCAGCUUUAAUUAAUGCUCGAACCCAGGAUUGAAGAGGUGAAGCGAUUUGGCUUUCUGUAUGUUUCAAGUAGAGCAUCAGGUUCUAUUUUAUACAUGGGAAACAACGUGCUAUUAGUGUGCUGCAGCAUGUACUUUUGUUCGGUUGUAGAACAGUGGAAUUUUUACGCAAAUUGUGUGAACCAUGCAGCAAAAUACUACUGUUGAGACCGUUCUACCCAUUAAGUUUUUAACAUGUGCGCAGCUGCCUCACUUUGAAUAUUGGCUACUCCUUGGCAUCUCAAUUGUGAAAAAAUGUUGAUUUA